UGCAGCCCGUUUCUCGGUGCCAGCGUGAAUGCGGAGCGUUGCCUGGCCGCUCAAUGACACAAGACAAAAACACACGGAUGCAUGCAUUUGGGUUGUUAUCUACAAAGCGACGUGCAGCUCAGAUGUGACGGUGUCUCGGGGCCUUUUUAUGAAGACCUGGGGCCUCCCUGAUAACAUCCUGAUUUGAACGUGUCUCUUCGACUCGCCAACAAGAACCAUGACAGCCAUCAACGCACCUCGGGACAAAUACAAUGCAGUUUGGAUUAUUUUUUUCAUCCUGGGCUUGGGGACGCUCCUGCCCUGGAACUUCUUUAUGACAGCAACAUUGUACUUCACCAGUCGGCUGAAGGAUCCAGUCGAUGACUCCUUCAACCAGACGGUCAAUGGGACAGAUGGGGACACUCGAAAUGCCCUGGAGUCAAAGUUUAAUAAUGUCAUGACGCUGUGCGCCAUGGUGCCUCUGCUCAUUUUCACCUGCCUCAACUCCUUCAUACACCAGAGGGUGCCUCAGAAGCUGCGUAUCUCUGGCAGCCUGACGGUCAUCCUAGUGGUUUUCCUGUUGACGGCUGUGCUGGUCAAAGUGGACAUGGCCCCUCUGCCCCUCUUCAGUAUCACUAUGAUCAAAAUCAUCUGCAUCAACUCGUUUGGGGCCAUUCUUCAGGGCAGUCUGUUCGGGCUGGCGGGGAUUCUGCCCGCCUCCUACACCACCCCCAUCAUGAGCGGACAGGGGCUGGCUGGUACCUUCGCUGCCUUCUCCAUGAUCUGUGCACUGGCCUCUGGGUCGGCCCUGCAGGACAGCGCGUUUGGUUACUUCAUCACCGCCUGCGUUGUUAUUCUUCUGGCCAUAAUGUCCUACCUCGUUCUGCCCAGAAUGGAGUUUUUCCAGUAUUACAUGGAGAGUAACAGCUCCAGGCCGGCUGUCGAUGAGGAGAAUAAGAUGGACCUUCUCAAAAAAGACGGUCCAGCAGAGAAGAGGCCGGUGGUCAGUCUGAUGGAGGACGAGGCCAAACCCAGCUCCAGUGUCUUCAACGUUUUCAAACAGAUCUGGGUGAUGGCUUUGUCAGUUUGCUUCAUCUUCACCAUCACCAUCGGGACGUUUCCAGCUGUGACUGUGGAGGUGAGGUCCACGGUAGCAGACGGAGGGGCCUGGGACUUUUACUUCAUCCCUGUGUCAUGUUUCCUCCUCUUCAAUGUGAUGGACUGGGCUGGUCGGAGUCUGACAGCCGUCUGCAUGUGGCCGGGUAAAGACAGUAUCUGGCUUCCCGUCCUGGUGGGUCUGAGAAUCAUCUUCAUCCCGCUCUUUGUCCUGUGUAACGUCCAACCUCGUAAAUACCUCCCUGUGCUGUUCGCCCACGACGCCUGGUACAUCAUCUUCAUGAUCUUCUUCUCCUUCUCCAAUGGAUACCUGGCCAGCCUCUGCAUGUGCUUCGGACCCAAGAAGGUGCCACCACAUGAAGCAGAGACGGCGGGGGCCAUCAUGGCCUUCUUCCUGUCCUUGGGUUUAGCUCUGGGUGCCGCUGUCUCGUUUGGUUUCAGGGCCAUGAUCUAAAACCUCAUGUAAACCUUCAGUAGACGUAGACUAGACCCGAACGGGGAGAACUUCAGUAUGAACUGGAUUAGCUGUGAUCCUUUCCCAAACAACCACCAACUCAGUGGAGUCUGAGCAAAAAGACUUGAUUUAGUGCAACACAGAAGACCCCAGUCUUCCUCAAGUGUACAGACGUCAUCGAGACAACGAGCUGAAAUGUUUUUAUUUUCUCUGAACUCAGCACAGCAGGACUUCACCUUGUUGUAUAUGGGCUUCACCUUGUUGUAUAUGGGCUUCUGUCUGCGUGGGAUGUUUUUACGUCAGUACCGCUGACAAAACAAGGUUCUCUAAGAUUAAUACAUGGAAAAAGUCUUUGUGCAGAUGCAGAUUUCUUUGGGGCGUUUGUGUUUUUCAGUUUCUCUGAAGUCAUUGGACUUAAAAAUAAUCACAAAACUGCCAAAAUCUAGUAUCCAGAUGUUGUAAAUGAAUGUCACCCACACAUGUAGGGCCCAUAGAACAUCGAUCAUAAGCAAGUAUCCUCAUGUAAAUUCUAAUAAGAUGCUAAAAUGUUUGUACAUUAUGAAAAUGUAAAAUCUCUCUCAAUCAGUGAUAAGCUAUUAGAUACAUCUAUGGAAUAACCUGUUAACUCUACAUGUUUUGUCUUUGUUACAUUGUGCCAAACAAGUAUUCAUGUUUACACAUCAAACAUGAAACAUGCAUUUGUAUGGACUGUUGCAGCUCUGAUCAAGCCAAAUACACAAAACUACUUUGGGAAAAAGAUGAACUGUGAAGGGAGGCCAUAGACCAUCCAGUGGCUGUUGUGUGUGUAGUAGUUAACAACUUCUGUUCUCACUUUUAAGUCGGGUCACUUCUGUUACUGAGAUGGUUCCUGUUGAAUCAGUGAUUACUCAAAGAAUGUAAAAGAAAAAAAAAAAACAGUUUGGGCCCAAAUAUUUAAAGACGAGGUUUAAUCCAGGGUUUGGGCUGCAGACGCUCUGGCCUAAUCGUCUUAGAGAUUGUUUGAAGUUUCUAGUGUUAGAUGAAUCCUGGGUGUUUUUUCUUCCAGCUUUUAUAGAAGUCCCAUCUGUUAUUUAGUUCGAUCACAUGUCUGAGAUGUCAAAUUUCAGUGGCAUGUGAGGUUUGUACUGUUACUGUGUCUUCCAGAUUACUGCGACAUUAUGCCACAAUGUAUUGUAACACAAAUAACGCAGCUGUCAGUGACACGUGAAGAGUGUUAUUGUGUGUGAGAUGAAGACACGUUAAAAUGUCAUUCGUGCUCUUUAGACUGUGCCAUUUCUCAUCAUUUAGACAAAAUAAGGUUUUGUAUCCGAUGUAGUUUUUAACGUUUUUACAUGGUUUGAUAGAAACCGGGUCAAUCAUGCACCACUUAGCUCCUGCUGGGUUUGUUUGGGAUGAUUUUUAUAAAAAGGGGGGGGGGUGUCAGGGGUAUAUUUCCAUCUCUUUGCAUUUCUCUGCUUAUUAUUUUUCUGUCUGCUUUCGUUGUAUUCAGUAUUAGUCCUCGACAUCCUAACAGCCUGUUUCGUUCAAAGCACACCGCUCUGUUCCUCAUACGUCUGUUACUGUUGGAGCAGCAGUGUGGCGUGGACCAGCCAAGUGUUAACAGUACGCUGCAGCUUCAUACUGCUGUGAAAAAAUAAAGUGUUUUUAAGAA